GUCCCUGCACCAGCUGGCUAGUUUUCAGUCAUUCAUGAACUCUUGGCAUUUGCACACAGACAGUGGAAAUCACGGCUACUGCUGCUGCAGAGGAGUCGGAUGAAACGCAAACUGGCCAGCUGAGAGAUGUGAUGAACAGAGGAAACACAGAAAAUAACUAAUAAAUGACAAGGGAAAAAACUGUAGAGGUUUGGCAUCGCAUGAUAUUUAUUAAGAAAGAACAUCAUAUCUUAUUGGUCUCAGAGAGUUAGAGAGGACAAGAUGAACCUGUAACAAUACACUUGCAAGAGGAGCCAUGACUGAGCUGGAGAUCGAUAAGUCUCACCUUCCUCGCGUCCUUGACGUGUGCCAGUGUUUCGCUGUGCUGGAAGACGGGGCACUGGCUCAUAACUUGCAGGAACAAGAGAUCGAGCACUUCUACAACUCCAACAUUCAGAAGAACCAGCUGGUCCAGCACGACGUGCGCAUCGCCAGGAGGCUGCAGGACGAAGAGGAGGACCGGGGCCACCUGGGUCACGACCGUCGGAGACUUGAGGAGCAGGACUUUGAGUAUGCCCAGAGGAUUCAGGAGGAGAUGCAGAGACAAGCUGAAGAAGCCCGCAGGAGAGAGGAGGAGGACGAGGAAAUGGCCAAGAGGUUGCAGGAAGAGGAGGAACUCCAGAUCAGAAGACGGAGAGCUGAGGCCGGGUGUGAGGAUACUCCACUCAGUGAAGGUCUGAUCUCUCUGCAGCUCGAGGUUCUGCAGCAGGUGCAGCGUGAUGCUGAGCUCGCCCGCAGAUUGCAGGAGGAAGGCGAGGAGGAUGAGGUGGACAUACAGCCACAGAGGAAGCUGUCAGUAGAGUCUCCCCAGCCCCAACCCCAGCGCCAGCCCCAGGAGGGGCCAGAUGUGGACUUCAGGGCGGCACAAGUGGCCCAAGACGAGGAGAUUGCCCACUACAUGCAACGGCAUGAGCGGAAGACCCACAUGCGGACGCACGGUGACCAUCCCGAGCGACAGUCCAUGAGUCUGGAGCAGAGCGAUGUCCGAGCAGAGACUCCUGGCAGAAAGGUGGGGGCACUGCAGCUACCACGGGAGCGCCUGAACUCUGAGGGGUUGCACUCCCCAGGAGAAGAGAGGUCCCUUGAACGCCGGCCAUCCCUUCCCAGUUAUACUAUGCUACAAGCACAGCCGAUUCACAACAUUGCCGAGGAACUGGACCCAACAUUUAAAGCCAGGAAGAGAGACAGUUUACUGAUGGGCAACAGCACCUCCUCAGGUAUUUGUCUGGCCAAUAGAACCCCUCAUUCCGUGUUUUAUGACUACCUGCCAGAGCCCGCCUUCAUCCCCCCCACCAAACGGCAAAAUGACAAAUCAGGACGACCUAAAACCAAAGAGAAGAGGGAGAACUGCAAGCAGCAGUGAUUGGUGGGGUGUGUGUGUGUGUGAUACACUCAAGAUUUGUUGUAAACAAGACAUCAGAGAUUAUUCUGAACAUUUCAUUUCUGGAGAGCAUGUCUAAGUUGCUCUCCUUUCAAAGGGACAUACUGUACUGAAUAAAUUCCAUACAGCUUGUGUAGAUAAUAUUAGCAUGAACAUUCUUGCUGCCUUUCAAAAGAAUGUUUUCAGAUACAGUGCAGGCCAAAAGUUUGGACACACCUUCUCAUUUCAAUGUGUUUUCUUUAUUUUCAUGACUAUUGAAUAUAUUUACAUUGUAGAUUAU